AAACACCAGACCACAGACAACCUGGCUUUACUGAAAGUGACUUACAUACUAGAGGUCUUUUCACGUAUAACGUUUUAGAGUACGUCAGUGCCAUCAUGGCAUCGAAAACACUUUCAUCUGAGAUAGAAAAGAUGAUCCGCCAUCUCUGUUUGAACGACUUUCCCUGUGGAAAUGGCAGCUGGAGAAAAUCCAAAGACGGUGGAGAUGGACCAGAGAGGGAGUCAGCAGAUGAGCUUCUGGAUCUCUUGAAAUGCCCUCGUUCCCCAUGGGGGCAGGUUGAUGACUCCUGGAGCCCUCAAGUUUCCACACUGAGAGAGCUGGCUGUGCUAACUCCUGAACGUCUACGAAAAAACUUUAUUUACAAUCACUUUACAACACUUCGCAUUGUUGACAAGGGUGUGUCAGUCAUUGAUGAUGGUCUUCUAAAGUUCUCAAAGCUGGAGGAGCUAGUUCUGAGUGCCAAUCUGCUGACAGAAAUCGCUGUGGAGAGUCUUCCCAUUACACUGAAGGUUUUGGAGCUUCGUGCAAACCGUUUGUCUUCUCUAAGCGGUCUCAGCAGCUGCCGGCUUCCUCAGCUUCAGUAUCUCAGCCUUGGCUCAAACCCCAUCGGUUUGCAUGAAGACGUGUCUUGUAUUACUGGAAGAAAAUGGCCACAGCUAGUGUGUUUGGACCUCAGUGACUGUGACUUUGAGGACCAGCAGGCCCUGGUAAAGGCCCUCAGUACCCUCUCAUGCCUUAAGACACUAAUACUAGAGGGAAAUCCUUUCACCCUUGCACCAGCGUAUCCAGGCCUUACUGUGGACACCCUCACACAGCUUGCUUACUUAGAUGGCUCAGACAUCUCCCCUGAGGAAAGACAGCAAUUCAGAGGCUUUGCCACAAUGAAUGAUCUAAAGGCAGACACAGCAUUAGCUACCGUGAGUGUUGGGAGGAUGAGAGGAAUGCCAGAUCCAACGGUGAGAGUGGAAGGAUCAGCUCCUGAAUUAUUUGUCACCACAAAAUAUUACAUCUUUUAUGAAUUUCCGAGUCAUCACGCUCCUAAUAAUCUGAACUUGGCGUGUAAGUCUGUAUCUGACACAGUCUCCACAACGACAGAGGACGGCUCAACUAACACAAGCCUGCAAUCAAACAGGAACCAUGAAAGAAAGAUACACAGAUCAGACUGCGGAGUGGUCAAAACCACAGAAACCUGCAGUAUCACAGCACCAAUGUCCAGUCACAGCACGUCAAAAUUAACAUGGUCGGAGGUCAUGGAUUUCAGUGACUCACAAACGUAUGCCGUCAUUUCUCUGAGAGACUUCAAGACAUUUCUGAAGCGUGGACUUUACUUAAGGCUAGAAGAGGAAAAGAUAGUAUCACGGCCUGCAGCCUCUGAAGAUGCCCUGUCAGACAAAUCAGGCCAAACGGUGAAAGACAUGAAAGGCAGGAAAGGGAAGGAGCCUCAAGAUAAGCUGAUUUCCACCAAAGUAAAGUCAACGGAUAAGAAGGGGACAUCUGUCCAAAGACUUGUUGAUGACGCUCCUAUUAGACGAAUCCUUGGCUCAGCUCACGUUCCUCUGCAAAGCCUGAUCAGAGGAGAUCCUGAACUCAGCGUCAUUUGUGAGUUUGAUCUUCAGCACAAAGACUUUGAGGUGGAUGUGGCACAAACACCUCACAAGGAUCUGGAAAAGAACAAAAAUGAAGAUGAGGUGCUAAAGCAAAGAGGAAGUUGCGGAAAAGGACAGAAGAAUGUAUCACAUUCAAAAUGCAAAGAAAGCAAGAAACAAUAUGUGAAUACUCAGUCAGACAAUCCACAACCUGUCCAGCAGGACAAAGUGACCGUGGAGCUGAGAGUGCAGCUGGAGAAAUGGGGCUCACUUUCAGAAGCUCAACCACACCAACAUUCCUGAAGCAAACCAAGGUUUAAAUUGCAAAACAACUUAUAUUAC